AUGUGUUGGGAAGCGGUGAAAAAGGACCAAAGUUUACUGUCGUUUCCUGGCCAACUAGGACAUGUCGGCCCCGCCUCCAGGUUGUGUGAGGAGUUGGUAGUAGAGGAUCUAUCCAGGCUCCACAGUCGUCUGGUAUCUCUCAGGAUCAGUGUCCAGACGGAGGCAGAGAUCCAGCAGCUCACACGGUCUUUCCUGGAGGUGGCAGAGGAGCGUCUGAAGGAAGCAGAGGAUGAGGUGGAGGGGAUGAGGAUGUCCAGUCAGGCUCUGGUUGAAUUCUUCUGUGAGGAUGACAGCAUCUUUAAACUGGAGGAGGCCUGCAGGGUCUUCCACUCCUUCUGCCUUCGCUUCCAAAGAGCCGUACAGGAAAACGCAGAGCGGGAACAAAAGGAGCAGAAGUGGAUGGAGCGAGAGCGUGAGAUGGUGGAGAAGCGUCGCUCCGUGGCCGUGUGUACAGGGCUGGACCUGGGUGUGGUUCUGGGUCGGGUGUCCCCACUGGGAACCCAGAAGAACCAGGAUGACCUGGAGAGAACCCUUGAGAACCUGAGCCACACCUGGAGCCAGCGCAGCCUUAGAAGCCAGGAGAACCGCAGGCACUCCCACCACCUCCAGAACUACAACUCUCAUCUCCUCCAGAACACCACCUCCGCUCCUCUUCAGACAAAUCCCCACCUCAACAACUCCUCCAACCUCCGUAAUACCUCCAUCCACCCCCAGACCUCCCCAGGGCUUCCCUGCCCCACCUACCCCAGCCAGGAGAGGCCGUCCCUGGGGACAGAGACCAGGACAGAGCCCCUGGUCCGUCAGUCUCCAGGACUGGUUGGUGCUAAGAGACCAAAUCAUGAGGGGACAACUCCGACUCAAGUCUCACAAACUCAACAUGAACUGACUUCUAACGUCACUCAAACCCAGUGUGGACGUAGAUUCAAUGUCCCCCAAAACAGGCAGGACAUUAUUGCAUAUGUCACCCAAACCCAACAUGGAAUUGCUACUAACAUCAUUGAAAGCCGACUCGCACCAACGGCUCAAGUGACUGAAACUCACCAUGAACGGACAGUUGAUGCCAGCCCUGACCAGUAUGUACUGACCACUAAGUCUAUGGCCAGUCCUUACAGACACUCCUCCACUACCACUACUGCCAUCCCCAGUGUUAGAAGAAAUACCAUUGGUAUUAGACACAGGUAUGACCUAGAGGGGACUGACCCUACCCCUGUUUCUCAGGCGAAACACACAGACACCUCAGUCAGAGACGCAGCGCAUCAGGACCCUGACCUCGCUCCUCUCACAGGGUCAACGGUCACUGAGGUGACUGAGCAGCCCUUUGAGAGCCAAUCAAAAUCAUCCAUGGCCAUUGACGCCCCAGACGGUGUCCAAUUGCAGGAGUCUAAGGGAGCCAAGGAGACCACACAAGGAAGUGGUGGUGCCUUGGAGCUGAGGCUUUCACCUGAGGGGGGAACAACCCAGCAGAGGGAAACAGAAUCUCGCUCUACACCAGUGGAACAGAGAUGGCUGCCUACCAGUCUACCAGAGCUGAGCCCACAGCGGGCACAUCAAUGCUCAGAGGUCUGCAGCCCUGACAGGGAGAGGGACCGGUCAUACCCACGUGUGGGCGAAACCCUGGAGUGCCACACCCUGGUCCGAGGCCUGCGUUCCUAUGACAACCUAUCCCCUCCUCCCACCACACCCCUCCCCAAAGCCCCACCCAGCCUCUGCUCCAAGUGGAGGAAAGAGAGGCAGGCGGAGACUCCAGGGGCUGGUGCCGGACUUCCAAUGGGGAAAGAGGACUCUCGGAGCGGGGGGAACACCCCUGUUGUCCGAGGAGGGGCUAAGAGGGGCUUGGUACCCCGUGCACGUCUGCCUAACGAUACAGGCAUCCAUAGAGCCCGUUUAAUUUCCAAACCAGAGACACAGACACCCACUGGCCCUGUCCCAAAUCCUAAUUUACAGACUACACCACGUUCCACUCGUCUGGCGUCCCCGUCCAUACGCAGCGCCUCCAUACGCUCCUCCCCCAUCACACGUCCUACUACUACCCAGACAGAGGUGAAGCGGAGCAGUAGCACCAGGAGUGAGAGGAGCCAGGCUGGGGGUGAGAACCAGCAGCUGGUCCCAGGGAAACCCACCUUGACCCGCCGGGUAUCAGAGAGAGCUGGGCUGGGGCUUGGACCAGAGAGGGAGAGGACUUCUAGCACCAGCACCACUAGUAGUACAGCUACUACCCAGCCAGCCUUUGUCAGGGGCUCCCCUCUCAGGGUGACCAAACGUCUCGCCCCCACCUCCAACUCUGAGACCCAACACUCCUCUCAACCCCGCUCCACACACAGCCCCUCUGCUACAGCUAAAACCAUUCGUACAGCUAUUAUAGCUGCGGCCAGGACUAAAACGGCCAAGACGAGCCCCGGCACAGAGCCCUCUAGAGCUGCUGUUUCUGCCUGCAAAACCCCCACAGCAACACGGAUACCUGGGCCUAAAAUGGACCGUCCUGCAUCCUCACCCAUGUGGAAGUGAUCAUGGCAGAUCAUACCACUUUUUUUCAACUUUAUACAGUAGUCUUACUUACACACAUACACGUACCUAUGUGUGUUUGGGUCCAUUGUACAUGUACAUGUAUGUGGGAAUCAAUAAAUGACUUGGUGAAUUGUAUCAGACCUCUCUGUUCUGGCGGAGUAGGUAGUUACUGGUCCAUUCAGACUAUUCAGCUUGUCCAGAAUCGAUGGGGUGUUUUCACUUUGGUCUCUCCCAUACACGUUCUUGUCUGCUGGGAAGAUAACAAAGGACUGCAACUCCAACAAAAUGCCUGCCACUACACCACUCUACAGCAGUUCUAUUUUGCAUAUGGGCUGUACUGUCACUGUAGAUAGAAAUGUCUUCUGUUCUACACACUCCCCCAUCCACUAGUGUCCUGUGCAGUCAACAGGGCACUUCAGGGAGAGACUACCCCCCCCCCCCCCCCACACACACACACACCCAACCUGGACUUUGUCAAGCUCCUGAAAUGUGUCUCUCUGACCUUGUUCAUUUGUAGAAAAUCCUUAAUUUAGAAUUAUGUGGCACUGCGGCCUCCUCUGUGCCUUGGUCAUCCAACAGAUCAUUCUCAUCAACUUAUUUUUUUAGGCUGUAUGUUGAAAAUGGCAUAUUUUUUUCAAGGGGUUAAUUUAUUUAACUUUAAUUGUGUCCUAAAUGGCACCCUAUUCCCUAUACAUUGAGUAUACCAAAUAUCCUAAUAUUAAGUUGCACCACCUCCCUUUUACCCUCAGAACAGCCUCAAUUUGUCAGGGCAUAGUGCACUACUUUUGACAGGAGCCAAUAGCGCUCUGGUCAAAGGUAGUGCACCAUGUAGGGAAUAGGAAGCCAUUGGGGACCACCAUACUUGAUCAG